CCUGGGUUACACACAAGUUCAGUCCACAGAGUUCAAACUUGUCUUACUGCUGCUGUCUGUGAUUGCCUGAUCCACCACAACAUGGAACAAACACAGAGACCGCCCGUUCUGAAGAAGGAAUCCACCUGGACACCACAGAGGAAAUAUAAACGAUAUUCGAAGAAGUAUAGCACCUAUCUUGGUUUAAUUGCGAAUGUAAUUCAAAACUCUCCAAACAAGAUGCUAACAUUUGGACAGCUGAUGGAGAGUUUGAGUGAAUUUGUCUCCGGCGAAAGAAAGGGUCUGGAAAAUAACGUCCGAGUUUGUUUGUCAUCCAACGACUGCUUUGUUAAGGUUCCGGUGAACCCUGACUACCCGAAUGCAAGACGGAACUACUGGAAAGUCGACGAGAGUCGGAUCACACCGAAGAUGCUUCGACGCCAUUUCAGCGGUACGCGGGAUAUUCUAACAGGGUUGUCUUCCAGAAUUCCAGCAGAGUCCAACGCUAUGAAGACCAGCCUCAAGUUGGCAGAAACACAACUACCUGUGUUGGAGGACAAACGCUCUUCGAAUUUCAACAGUUCAUUUUCCAUUGAAUCACUUCUUAAGAAAGACCCUGAGAUCCGCUCUACAAGCACUUUACCAACCGAUGACACUGGAGAUGUGAACUUUUUACGUAAGAAUUGUGUCUAUUCGCUGAAGUUUGGAAGAGAAACUAUCAAACCUACGCCUUCAUUCAGAGACUAUUCAAUGGGUGACCUUCAGAAUCACCCACAGUGUGGGGGAUUGGCAUAUGACCCACGUGAAUCGAUGCGCAAUGGGUACACACUGGACACCGGAAGGCUCUGCAAAAGAGCGCGUCUGUCCCCUCCAAACGUAGUGUAUGCCGCGGCAGGUGGAUCUCCCUUUUUUCACGAACAUAUGCUCGCUCUGAAGAGAUGGUCUCUCGGCGCGAAUACGUUUGAUUCGAGGAGUUUUUGAUUGAUCUUAGUAUGCAUUUAGUCAUAACGAUGCACUCAGCCGGUUUAUUUCAAUGUCUAUGUUGCUAUUUUCUGAUCAAUGCAUGCAUUCAUUACUAUCGACUAACCCAAAGCCUAACAUGAAUGAAUGCCCUACAGGUGUCAUUUUUUUAUAUGUAUGUUAUUUUUUGACAUGUGACGAACCCUACUAACCCUAGCUUUAAUGGUCUGCAGUGUAUGGGUUUUGUUUUUAUUUUUGCAAUAAAACACAUUUG